ACCUAUGACAAUCAAAACUACCCCUCAAACAACAAUCACUCAAGCUACUACCAGUAAAUUUCCUCCAGACGCCAUCAGUACACAAACCUGCCACGGUGAUAAAUUAAAAAUUGAUUGCGGGCCUAAGGAUAUCCGCGUCUUGGAUGUUUUUUAUGGAAGACAAGAUUCGGUAACUUGUCCCCACAAAAAAUCAAGCAAAGGAUUUGAAUUGUGCGACGGAUCGAUGCAAGCUUGGGAGAGAGUACUUAAAAAGUGUGAAGGCGAUGAGGAUUGCACUCUAUUUGCCAACAAUUUGUACAUGGGGAAUAAAUGUGAUCACGAUGAUGUGUACGGAUAUCUCAAUCUUGUUUAUGUCUGUGUUUAAGUUUUUUUUUUUCUCGCUUGU